UCGGUAAGCAGAUAAUGUAGAAAAAAAUUAUUAUGAAGUAACAAUAAUGCAAAUCUUACAUUCCAAAUGAACUCUAAUAUUUUUAGAGGUAACAAAUAAGUAUUUAAUAAUUAACAUUGAUUCAUAGCGCCGAUCUAUUGACUUUGCAAUUUUUUAAAUGGUUCUUUUGAGAGCAGUUUUAUGGCGAUAAGCUGACUAAGAGAACGGUUUCAUCGGCGAAGCUAAUUAUUCGUGUAAUUUAUCGUUCGUGACAGACGAAGCAGGAAGCCUCAAUGCGUAGUACACUUUCAGUGUGCACUUGAUUUUCGCGAAGGCACUAUGUCUCAAACGAUCAUCUGUAGUUGAUGUUUCGAUUAUUUUGUACAGCUACUGUAAUUUAUAUAUAGUCAUAUUAGCGACGAUAUAUGAUAUGCAAAUAGGUAAUUUGACGUGUCUAUAUCAUACGAUUGUCGAAAAAAAAUCCCAUCAAAAUAAUGGAUUUUGUGAUGCGAAUGGCAUUCAGCACUCAACUCAUCGGAGAUUACUUUCUUUUGAUGGGUGAAAUCACACUUCUCUUGAAUAUACAGAAAAAAAGAAAUUGCACAGGUAUCAGUCUAAAAACCCAAAUGAUACUCGCGAUUAUCUUUACCAUUAGAUACAUCGACGUGUGGUUGAAGUAUUUGGAAACAUAUGGAAAGUACACAAAUCCAACCCUUACCACUAUCAUACUCUACAAUGUAAUCAAAGUGGCUCACAUUUUUCUCAUUUAUUGGACUAUCCUAAUAGUAUUAUUGUACUUUAAUAACCAUGAUGAUCGAAAAUUCGAUACGUUCAGAAUCGAGAUAUUAAUAACUGUAUGUGUCGUCUUAACGUUCUUGGUGAAUCACGAUCUCCGACUGAUGAAGAUAAUAAGGACAUUUCAUUUCUGUCUGGAAGCUGUGGCUACACUUCCACAGACUUAUCUCAUUUCGAAAGCAAGAUACAUGGACACGGUGUUAAUCUAUUACUUUGGUUUUCUGAGCCUGUACAAAUUGUCGCAUACGAUUUACUGGGUAUUCUCGUUAGUGUACCUGCGUCAUCACAUCGAAAAUAUCGCUCUGUUUGCUGGUAUGGUUCAGUUGAUCGUUUACUCGAAAUUUUUCAUAAACAACGUUCUUUCAUGCAAGUGUAAAUCUAGAAGUAUUUAUCAGCAGGACGACAAAUUGACAAGAGUAAAAGUUGUGCCAACGAAAAAUCAACUAGGUCACUAUAAAAUAAAUGCAAGCAACGUUUCAGCUCUUGAGUUUGAGUUUUAGUCAAAACACGGUGGUUUGCUUCAAGCACCACACACAGAAAGCAAUCUAGCAUGCGUUGCUUUGCAAAUCUAUGGUUGGCUUGUAUUCACCAGCAUACAGGCCCCGCAAAAACCUUUAGUCGGCUCAAUACCUGUCUGUCAAUGUCUAUCUUUCGGGCAUUCGUCACGGCAUUCUUUGAAAAAAGCCACCUUCCGCAAGAAAGCGACGGAUGCUCCGCGUCUCAGCACCAAACCUCUUAAAAGUCGAGCUGAGGCAAUUGUCUUGGCUUACUUACACACACCCACUUCCUUUCGGCGAGAUACCAGCUCAUUUAUGUUUGCCGAUAAAAUCCGUGCUAGAGUCGUUACAUCGGCGCCAUAUCGCGCACGUAAUGCACUGGCAUCUUGCACGAAAAAUUGAAGAGAUCCAGCCUUGGCAAGCUUUGGCACGCAAAUAUGACAUCGCCGAAACGCGCUAGGCACACGUGCGAAUGUAACGGACGCUCGGCGACGACGCAAUACGAGCCCACGCGCGACCGGCGAUCGCGGCGAUCGAGUUGAAUCAGAUGCGCAACAUGCUGUCAUAGAGAUGUUAGAUUAUAUUUGAUUCUUUAAAAAGUAUUCAACUUCUACAAAAAAUCGAUUAUUAUAGCGAUUCUUUUCAAACUCGAUUCCCUUUUGUCGGGAAUCGAUUAUCGAUGUAAUUUGAUGACGGUAAAUAUCAGAUUAAGUUCUAAUAUUAGGGAGUCAAUCGAUACAUAUUGCAUUAGUUCUUGGACGAUG